UCUAACCUUUUUCAACCCAGACAAAAAUAACAGUGUUCCAGGGCAAUUUCAUCAUUUCACUUCACCGGCCCUUGUUGCUCUUGAUUUCCCGCAGACGGCGCAGUAAUCAAACCACUCUUUUCCUCUCUACAACGAUUACUUUCAGUUUCCUCUGCGGAAGGCUUUGGCGAUUCGUUGUUGCGACCGGUCCGGCCAUGGCUUCUUCUUCCUCCGACCACGCCGCGAAGCCGGAGGAGGCAGGCGGUGGGGAAAGCUCCGAGCCGCCUCUGCAUCUGCCUCCGCCGCUGGGCGGUGAUCAGCUUUUGCUUUACAGAGGAUUGAAGAAGGCGAAAAAGGAGAGAGGAUGCACUGCCAAGGAGCGCAUCAGUAAAAUGCCUCCUUGCACCGCCGGCAAGCGCAGCUCCAUCUAUAGAGGCGUCACGAGGCAUAGAUGGACUGGUCGUUAUGAAGCACAUCUUUGGGAUAAAAGCACCUGGAAUCAAAACCAAAAUAAGAAGGGAAAGCAAGUUUACUUGGGCGCAUAUGAUGAUGAGGAAGCGGCAGCCAGAGCUUAUGAUCUCGCUGCUCUGAAGUAUUGGGGGCCAGGAACACUCAUCAAUUUUCCUGUUACAGAUUAUACAAGGGACCUAGAGGAAAUGAAAAACCUUUCUAGAGAGGAUUAUUUGGCAUCACUUCGGAGGAAAAGCAGUGGUUUUUCUCGUGGAAUUUCGAAAUAUCGGCCCCUUUCUAGUCGGUGGGAUUCACAACUUGGCCGAGCACCAGGAGCUGACUAUGUCAACAGUUCAUUAUACGGUGCAGGUGAUGAAAUGGCCUCUGGCAGUGAAUAUGCUGGUGGUUAUGGCACCGACAGAAAGAUUGACUUGGCAAAUUACAUUAAAUGGUGGGGGCCAAAUAAGCAAGAUUCCCAUUCCAAAGCAUUAGAUGAAGCAGGGGUCGGAUGCUCUGAUGAUGUUGCCAGUGAACUUAAAGCACUGGAAAGGUCAAUCAAGCCUACUGAACCAUAUCAAAUGCCACGCCUAGGUGUACCUCCUGAAAGAAUGAAGCAGAAAAAGAUAACUGCCAUGAGCAUUUUGUUGAAGUCGGCAGCAUACAAAAGCCUCCAGGAGAAAGUAUCAAAAAAUAAAGAAAAGGAUGAGAAAGAAAACAAGAAUAACAUUGAGAAAAUUGAGCUCGGAAAGGCGCCUGAAGAAUCAUGCCAUGGUAGCGGAACAGAGGGAGAAAGUGUUGCAUUUGGGAUAAGUGGAGGGUUGCCUAUUCAUAGGAAUCUCUAUCCCUUGGCUCCUCUAUUGUCUGCUCCCCUUCUGACCGAUUACAGUAGUAUCGACCCACUUCCUGACCCCAUUCUUUGGAGUUCUCUUGUCCCAGUUCUUCCUACUGGUUCAUCAAGCACAAAGGAGGUGGCGAAAAAUGAAUCGAGUUCAGGUUACACAUUGUUCCAGCAUGGAGAAUAGAUAUACCCAGCCCUUCUCUCCAAAACUACUGAAUUUCCCAGAGUCUUAUGGUUUCAAGCUCCGGGGCACAUUACAUGGAAUUCACAAGCAUGUAUGCCUGUGCCCAAGACCUCCCCAUGUUGCAGCUGCAAUUGGAUGAAUAUGUUGAAAGAAUAUGUGGCAUGGGAAUUUCUCGAAUAUGUAAAUUUUGCAAUGUAUGUUAUGACCUUUUGCGGAUAUAUACAAGUGACCUAUCAGGGCAUGUACACAGUAUAGGCAGAGUUAUACAAUGUUACUUAUUGUCCCAUAGACGAAAGAGUAUUCUUACACAAGAUUAUUGAUGAUGGCUACAA